AUGAGCGAAAUGAACGCAGCAGCACCAGUGGAUGAGGUCGUGGAAGCGGAACCCCUCUUUUACGGUCGAUGGAAAGCGGAAGAGGAGCGUUACGCAGAGAUGCUCAUCCAAGAGUUCAGAGGUGGAAAUUUGGACAUUGAAGAUGGCGUUACACUCAGAGGAUAUCUGGCAAAGAUGCUCAAUUGCGCUCCGAAGCGAAUCUCCAAAAAGUUUGAAAGCUCCGGCUACAAUGGACGACAGCAAUACAUUGGCAAGCCAGCUACGUUUACUCCUGAAGAAUCCAAAAAGCGCAGUGAUGAGCUCGAAGCGGCUAGGCUAGAGUUUGAAGCUAGAAGGAAGGGCCUGGCCAAGAAGAAGCCCCGCCGGGCGUACACCAAGGCAUCCAAGCCGUCUGCUACUCUCAAAGCGAAGGCUCCUCCCUCUUCCAACAGCAAGCCGUCCUUUGCUACAGAGAAACCCGCAGCAGCAGCUGCGGAAGACAUGCCCCCCGCCUCGUCCGCGCUUGCCGGGAAUAUGUUUGCACACAACGGCGGUGUUGGCCUUUUCUCGAAUACUUACCUCAAUGGCCUUCCACCGGGAGCUGCAGCAAUGAACUACCUGACGGCAUCCGGGCUUCCCACUUCUGCUUUGUACCCGGCUGCUGGACUCCCUUCCGAGCUCACCGCAGGAUUGUGCCUGUCCGGAUUCGGGGGAAUGGAAUCCACUCCUCUGGGGGCGUCACUCUUGGCGACGAAUCAUCGUCAAGGACUCCCAUCGAGCAACGGCAGAUCCGUGAUCUCCUCCGUAGAAGCGUCCUUGCUGGAUUCCAUUCUCGCCAAUACAGCGACACCUCAAGCUCUGGCGGCGUCUUCCACUUCUGCCAGCCUCUUGGGCAGCAGCAAUCCUGCCAGUUUCCUGCAGCAAUCACGCAUGGAUGCGGCCACGAUGCUAGCGCAAGCGCGCCACGAUGCCGAGCAACGAGCCUUGUUGGCCCAUCAUAUUGCGGAUCAACGCAAGAGACUUCAUUCCGCCCUGUCGGCGGAAACAGGCGUGAACCGCCGUGCAUCGAUUGAUCCACCCGUGCAGGGUGACGGUGCUGCUGCGGAACAACAAGCCAAGCGAUUUCGAUACAUGUAG